AUGCAAGUUCCUCACCGGCUCCUCGUCGCCGGAGGUGAUGGCCAUUACGCCGCUGCGUCGUUCCCAAAGGAGAUUCUACUCGACCAAAUGCCGUGGCUGCCGGCGCAAAACGUCCCCGAAUUCGCCGCGAUACCCGACCAGUUGACGCUACGCGAUAGCAUUUAUGCCAGUGACAAGGCUACACCAAGGGCGGAACGCGAGGAAUGCGCUGAAGAGAACCCGGCCAGCUGCCGCUCCAUUUCCUCCGUGGCCAUCGAGGACAACCCUUUGCAAGAAUUGAAGGUGAUGCGCCGUCAACUCAGUCGCCUGAGCCAACGCAUUGAAGAGCUGGAACGUGACAUGUUCGAAUCGAAGGGCCAGGAGAUGUUGCGUUAUAGUUUCGCCUUCACAUCGACGGCGCUGGGCGUGAUCCUGCUCAUGAUGGCUUGGCGCAAA